AUGGCCUCGCCAGAGUCGGCUCGAAGCGGUCGGCUGAGUGGUCGGCGCUUCGUCGGCGCGCGGACCCUCACGGACGAAUGGGAUGAAGAUGCGUCCGAGGAAGAGUACGAAUAUCUCGACGAACGCAAUCGGGUUGCCUACUCCAACUUUAGUACCAUCGAUUGGGCACACGAAUACGAUAAGGAGCGAGCUCGCAAAGCAGACAUCCAAGCCAUACCUGGGCCAAGAGGGCGACUCCUCCUUUGGCAAGACAUUGUCACACCUUGGAUCGUCAUCUUUGCAACAGGCACAAGCGUGGGACUGCUAGCAGCUGCGUUGGAUAUACUCUCUGCCUGGCUCGCGCAGCUCAAACUCGGUGUCUGUGGAGACGAUGUUUGGCUUGAUCAAGUCGCGUGUUGCGCGGGCCUUGAGCCCGGAGAAAUAUGCUAUUCCUGGAAGACGUGGUCGAAUCUGUUUGGACUUCGAAGCUCAGUCGGGCAAUCGUUGAUGGCCUAUACAAUUUACGUCACGCUCGCCGUUGGCUUCGCCACUACGUCUGCGUUUCUGGUCAGAGUCUAUGCGCCAUAUGCCUUUCAUUCGGGCAUACCCGAGAUCAAAACGAUCCUCGGUGGCUUCAUUAUACACGGCUAUCUCGCGCCUUGGGUCUUGCUGAUCAAGAGUGUUGGGCUUAGCUUGUCGGUCGCAUCUGGACUCGCGCUGGGCAAGGAAGGGCCUCUUGUACAUGUUGCCUCGUGCAUUGGCGGCAUUGCGGCCAGCUCCUUUGCAGUCUUUCGCGACAAUGAAGCCCGAACACGAGAGAUCAUCUCUGCAGCAUCAGCAGCAGGCGUGUCCGUCGCGUUCGGUGCACCUCUUGGUGGCGUUCUGUUCUCACUAGAAGAAGUUUCUUCGUUCUUCCCUGGCGCUGUUCUCUGGCAGUCGUUCGUGUGCGCGGUCAUUGCUGCAGUGACGCUUCAAUACAGCAUCGGAAAACUCGUUCUGUUUCCCGUGACUGCCAACCUUAUCCUCCGAGGCUUCGAGCUCGUACCUUUCGUCUUUCUGGGUAUCUGUGGAGGGCUAUACGGCCAUGCGUUCAUUCAGCUCAAUUCGGAGUAUGCUCGCUUCCGACGAAGCUCCUUUCUGCGGCAUUAUCCCGUCUUCGAAGUCACCGGUGUUGCCUUCGUGACUGCCUUCAUAAGCUAUCUCAUUACUUUCAUGCGGGUGCCCAUGUCCGAGCUUGUUGCUUCACUUUUUCAAGCCUGCUCCACUGCAGACAAUCUGGGACUUUGCGAUCGCGACGGCGAGCUAGCGGUUGUCUUCUCGCUAUUAGUAACAGCCUUCGUUUUCACGGCACUUACGGCGGUCACCUUUGGCAUGAAGCUGCCUGCAGGCUUGUUUAUGCCGACUAUCGCUAUCGGCGGCUGCUUCGGUCGUGCGCUUGGCAUAUUGCUUGCAAAGUGGCAACGCGAACAAGCUCAUCUGUGGAUCUUCUCGAGCUGUCCAGCGGACGGAGCUUGUAUUUCGCCAUCUGUCUACGCUGUCCUGGGAUCUGCUGCUGCUCUUGCCGGCGUUACUCGCAUGACAGUCUCGCUCGUCGUCAUCGUCAUGGAGCUCACUGGCGCAGUCUCACUCGUGAUGCAAGUCAUGUUAUGCGUCCUUGUUUCCAAGUUUGUAGGCGACUUCUUUUCGAGGGAUGGCAUCUACGAAGCUUGGAUCAAUUUGCGCCACUUUCCCUUCUUGAACACAAAGAUUGAGUAUCGUGACGAUACGCUACUGGCGUCCGAUGUCAUGACGGGCGCUGGAGCAAUAACCUGUCUAAGCGACAUGUCGAUGUCCAUCAUCGAAGUUGAGCGUCUGCUCAACGCGACGCGCUACCGAGGCUUCCCCGUUAUUGACAAUGACAACGCAAAGACAUUCCUGUCUUACGCUACGCGGGAAGAGCUUGGUCAGGCUCUCGAACACGCACGUACGCAGCUUGGCGCUACGGACGACAGCAUAUGUCGGCUUGCGAUGCCUAUGCGAGGCUAUUCGACUAUUGAUGACCGCGAUGAAGGCGUCGAUCUGCGCGCAUGGGUAGAGCAAACGCCGUUUGUGAUGUCCCCAGGCAUGCCAAUGGAAGUCGUCAUACAGGUCUUCCAACGAAUGGGUCUCAGGCAUAUCAUCUUUGUGAAGCACGGUCGGCUUGCCGGCAUGCUCACGAAGCAUGAUGUCAAUCAUCACUUGCGCAUCCGAAAUGAAGGCGAUUCGGCAAGGCUUGAUCUGCUCAGGAAACGCGUGAAGCAUAUGGCUCCUUUGCGCUCAGGAUCGCCAGAUGCGCCGUCGCAAAAUGGACACACAUGA